UCUCUCUCUCUCUCUCUCACCACACACUCACACACGCCAAAGCAAAAGUUUACCCAGAAGCCACUCCUUUCUGCCUCUUUAACCUCCAAUUUUCAACUCCUUAUCCUACCAUUUCUAUUCCCCCUCUCUUAGAUCAUCUUGUUCAUCAGCCCCACCAAAGAAAACCCACCCCCUACCUCACCCUUUUCUUCAAUCCAUUGAACCCAUCCCACCCCAUUUUCUUCUCUAAAUCCCUCACUUUCCCAAGAAAAUACCAUCAAAAACCAGAUCAACAUAUCAACAAAACCCUCAUCUCACACAUAAUUUCAAAACAUUUUGCCAUGUCGAACACACCAUUUGUUGUAUCAUUCGCGCUCUUGCUCUCAUUACCACUCCUCUUCCUCUUCGCCCCACGAAUCCUCCCUCCAAAACACGUCCAGGUCUCUCUACCGGACGAACUCGACGACCUCGCGCUCUUCCGCCGAGCCACACUCGCCUCUCUCCACCCUCCAGGCUCGAUCUCUCGCCUUAGCACCACCAACCCAAAGCCCAAAAUCGCGUUCCUCUUCCUCACCAAUACAGACCUCCACUUCGCACCACUCUGGGAACUCUUCUUCAAAGGCCACAAAGACUAUUACAACAUCUACAUUCACGCCGACCCUAAAUCCAAAAUCAACCCACCCGGUGGCGUUUUCAAAACCCGCUUCAUCGCCGCCAAGAAGACCGAACGCGCCUCCCCAACCCUGAUCUCCGCCGCUCGCCGCCUCCUCGCCACCGCCCUCCUAGACGACACGUUCAACUCCUACUUCGCCCUUGUAUCCCAACACUGCAUCCCAUUGCAUUCUUUCAACUAUGUUUACAAUUCCAUCUUCAAACCACCAAAUACUGAGUCAAGUCGGUACCCAACUCUAUACCCACAUCGGAGCUUCAUCGAAAUACUAUCCGAUGAGCCCCAAUUACCUGACCGGUACACGGCGAGAGGGAAGAAUUUGAUGCUGCCUGAGAUCCCAUUUGAGAAGUUCCGCAUUGGAUCGCAGUUUUUUGUUUUGACUCGGGCUCACUCGUUGAUGGUGAUAAAGGAUAGGAGGCUAUGGAGGAAGUUUAGACUGCCUUGUUUGAACGCUGACUCGUGUUACCCGGAAGAGCAUUAUUUUCCGACCCUUUUGUCGAUGGAGGAUCCGGAUGGGUGUACUCAAUACACUCUUACUCGGGUCAAUUGGAACGGUAGCACGGAUGGGCACCCGCAUACUUAUCGGCCGAUGGAGCUCUCACCGGAGCUUAUUAACCAGCUCAGGACAUCAAAUUCUACGUAUUCGUAUUUGUUUGCACGUAAAUUCUCGUCGGAUUGCUUGAAACCAUUGUUGGAUAUGGCGGAGAAAGUGAUUUUCCGGGACUAAAGCGGGCCGGGUUGAGUGGGAAUCUCUCAUUUUCGUGGAACUGGAGAAAGUAAGAUGGUGUCAGAGCUGUGGGGAAUAUGGGCCAAGGCCCAAGCAUUAGAGCAGGCCAGCCCAGCAAUAUGAAGUCCAAUAAAGUCUGUAUAUAUAGUCGUGGACAGGACCCACCUUUGAGGUUUGUAAUAUGUAUGUGCAAGACAAGAGUGUGUGAUGUGAGUGGCGGUUUGGGCAUAGAGUGGAAGUGGGGGAAAAAAAAGGCAUAGUAGCAAAGGCUCAAUGCUUUUUCCCAUUCUUUUUUUUAUGUUGAAAUAUAAAAAAGAAUAUCCCAUUUGCUUUUUCCGCCAAUCUUUAUCUAUGUAUUUACCAUAUUUUCGAUCUUGUAUGUGGAUAAUAAUAUUAAUGUGGUUUAGCCACCGAAAUCAGAAAUUCAUCGACUCGUUGAACGAAUGAUAUUUGUCAAAUAAUGUAAUAGAUGGUAUGCUAAUGAUCU